AUGUUCAAAACCCUCUCUGCGAAGGCUGCAGCACAGCUCGAUCAGGAGCUCAUGUCCUCUGGAGCCUACUCAAUUGACCAGCUCAUGGAACUAGCGGGUCUAGCGGUUGCGAAAGCAAUCUACAAGCAAUUUCCUCCAGAUGUCCCCAUUCGAGGCCCUGCUCCCAAAGUGUUGGUGCUAGUAGGUCCAGGUAAUAAUGGUGGAGAUGGCUUAGUCUGUGCUCGUCACUUGAAGCUUUGGCGCCAUUACGAGCCUGUGGUGUACUAUCCUAAGCGGCCUCAGAAAGACCUCUAUCAGCGUCUCACCACACAGUUGCGGCACUUGGGCGUCGAAGAAAUCGAAACGCUUGAGGAUGUCAAGAAGCUUACAGCGGAGCCCUCGCUCAAGAUCAUAGUAGACUCACUCUUUGGCUUCUCCUUCAAGCCACCGGUGAGAGAACCUUUCAAGGAGCUUAUUGAUCAUUUGGCAAGUAAAAAGGGUGAAAUUGCUCCCAUAGUAGCAGUGGAUAUUCCGUCCGGCUGGGACGUGGAUGACGGCCCUCAGGACACAGAUAUCGGCGCUUCGGUACUUGUGAGUUUGACUGCUCCAAAACCUUGUGCUGAGAAGUUUGCUGCUCCAGGGAAGGUACACUAUUUGGGUGGACGUUUCAUUAGCGACAAUGUGGCUCAGCGGUAUGGUAUCAGUGACUUGAUCAAGCUGUACUCCAAAGAUGAUUUGAUCGUGAAGUUGUAA